GCUAAGACACUCUGGUUUCGCUCCUUGACAACCCUGGCGGGGGUGCGCUAGCUGCGGGCCCCGGCUCCGGCCCCCGCGGGAGCAGCACCCCUGGGGAGAGCCGGUCUCCACUCCCACAAGGCGGCAGGGCCUGCUCCUGCUUCCAGAGCUCCCGGGCGCGUCACUGCCAGGCCCAGCACCGAAGGCCCCGCUCGCUCCUGCCCGCCAGCGGCCCCGGGGGAGGACCAUGGGGGAAACAGAAGGGAAGAAGGAAGAAGCUGACUACAAGCGGCUGCACACUUUCCCCCUGGUCAGGCACUCGGACAUGCCAGAGGAGAUGCGGGUGGAGACCAUGGAGCUGUGUGUCACGGCCUGUGAGAAAUUCUCCAACAACAACGAGAGCGCCGCCAAGAUGAUCAAAGAGACGAUGGACAAGAAGUUCGGCUCCUCCUGGCACGUGGUGAUCGGCGAGGGCUUCGGGUUCGAGAUCACACACGAGGUGAAGAACCUCCUGUACCUGUACUUCGGGGGGACGCUGGCCGUGUGUGUCUGGAAGUGCUCCUGACACCGCGCCCGGCCCUGGUCCCCAGGACUUCUUCCUGCCGCCGCUCGUCCGGGCCGGGCCUCAGUUCCCCGCGGGUCCUGGCUGUGGCGCGGGAGUCUGGGGUCUCCUCUUCUGUCCUGUGUCCCCGUCUCCUGCGCCCCGUGUGUGAAUUUGUCGCCUCUGUCCCAGGCUCCCAGUCUUGUCGCUGCGUCCCGGGCUGUCGCAGGCCCAGGAGCGGUGGACGCAGGCAGGCCGGAGGCGGCCGGCAGGAGCGGGGUGCGGGGCGCCCUUUUUCUCAUAAGGCCCUGCCCGGCCCACCUCCCUGGGGCCGUUCUGCCCUGCACCCCAGGGGCCCAGCCCGCACCCCAGCUCCGCGGGUGAGCGUCCACCGCCCUUGUCCUGACCGGCCGCCUGACCCGCAGCCGGCCCCCGGAAGGAGCCCUCCCCCGGCCGGGGACACCGGCAGCUUCUCUCCCUGUGCUCGGGAGAAGCGGUGACCCCGGGACCCCUUCCCCAACUUGACCCCAGGCAGAACCGGCCACCGCAUCUCACCGGACUGCCCGCCCACAGCCCGCCCUGGCCCUGGCCCGACCCGAGCCCCUCCCCGCGCCCUCCGGAGCGGACUCAGCCUCCUCCCGGGCACUGGUAACAGUGGCCGGAGCUGCCCGCGAAGCUUCUCCGGGGCGCACUGGGCGGGGAGAGGCCCGGGCCAGGAGUCCGCUCCCCGGGAGGCCUGUUGGCAGGGGGCGGCCGCGGCUGCUUCUCAUCAGGGACCGCAUGCCGAUUUGUACUUGAGCUCUGCUGGAUUUUCUAUGUUCUUUCUGAAUGUGGGAGAAGGGUUUUAGUAGAAGGUGAAUCCUAUUUUACACAGCGGUCUUAUUUAUAUAAAUGUCUGGGUUUUUACAAUUAA